UUCGAGAAGUAGCAUCAUGCCCGAUCCAGCCAAGACCGCGCCCAAGAAGGGAUCAAAGAAAGCCGUGACCAAGACGGCCGGCAAAGGAGGCAAGAAGCGCAGAAAGUCCCGGAAGGAGAGCUACGCCAUCUACGUGUACAAGGUCUUGAAGCAGGUGCACCCUGACACCGGCAUCUCAUCCAAGGCCAUGGGCAUCAUGAACUCUUUCGUGAAUGAUAUUUUUGAGCGCAUCGCCGGUGAGUCUUCUCGUCUGGCUCACUACAACAAGCGCUCCACCAUCACCUCCAGGGAGAUCCAGACCGCCGUGCGCCUGUUGCUUCCCGGCGAGCUGGCCAAGCACGCCGUGUCCGAGGGCACAAAGGCCGUCACCAAGUACACCAGCUCUAAGUAAAGCGCGUUACGUCUUUAUCAACCCAACGGCUCUUUUAAGAGCCACCCACUUUUCAUACAAAGAGUAAUUUUCUCUCUUUCGUUUUCUCUCUCGCUGUGUGUGUGAGCGAGAGCGGGAGGGGGACUUCUGAAGCGCUGCACUCCCGCGGAUGUUCAGGCUUUUGGGUAAUUCUAGCAGUCUGUUAAAUGCAGAGAUGAGUAAAUCUAAACAGGGUUGUAGCACGGUUUCAGGGGUUGUAUAAUCUGAGCAAUGCAAAAGGGGAUUUUAGCAGCACAAAGUUAUUCGUAUUAAGAUUGUAGCAACAGGAAGUAGUUGAAAAUGGUUUUCUACUAGCACAUAAUCAUUCUACAUCAGGGGUGCCCAAACUUUUUCCUGUGAAGGGCCAAAAAUCAAACUUGAUUGAGGGCUGUGGGCCAAAAAUAAAUGUUGCAUUAUACCAAACUGUAUUAUAUUAAAAUUAA